CAUAUGCGUCGCGUUUUCUAGUUUGCAUUCAAUAGACUUGGCAAUUGGCCAGUUGGCUUGUUGGAGCUGUGUUCAUUCAUUUUCUUGACAUCCCUUACCCAGAGAGAUCUACCCGUAAUUGUUCGGAAUUCGAGUUAUGAGCUCACUUGCUUGCGCUCCACUUCACGUCUUCAGGUCACAAGCAAUGCCCAAAGAUUCACUGUUGCACUUAUGCUUUCCUCGGUAUGUCAUGGUAUGUAGUCCUACCUUGUAGAGGAGCGUUUUGAGCAGCAAUAGCUGUAGCUCUGUAUUUGCCCCUUGUUUGAGCUAGGCACUUUGUCAUUCUCAGCGACAACGCCGUUUGUGUAUAGUGGCCUAAAUCCCCCGCUGCUUGGAUCAACGAAGACGAUAGUUUGUGAAAAGUAAAAGCGACUCUACUUCGUCAUGUCUUACAAGCCCUUCACUGGAUCCUCGUGGUCUACUCUUUCGUCAGACUACGAUAGUGCACCUCAGCCUGAGUGGUCAACCAGUCAACCCGGUAGGUCACAGCCAUCUGACGCAUCGGCAUCGGGUGCAGCAACAUCAUCGUCAUUCUCGUUCUCGUACUCGGCGAAUUCAAACCAGUAUCAAUCUCAGUCAAGAGACUACCCUGCAAAUUCCCAGCACCAUAACCAGCCUCUAUCUAGCUAUGGUGCACCAUCAUACCCAUCAUAUCCAUCAUCAUCCACUGCACACCGCUCUUCACCCUUAUCAUCAUCCUCACCCACCGGGCCUGCUGGUGUGGAGCGGUCGUAUUCUGAUGUGCCAGCGUACGCUCCGCCAGUUCAUCGUCGGCGCUCCGAGUCACCGGUAGAACAGCGCUACGAAGCAGACUACUCGUACUCGGCCAUGUCCUCAUCCCGUAGCUCGUCUACUGCUGCCUCGGCAACCUCUGGCUACUCGCGGUCAGCUCCGACUUAUCAGCCUGCAUCACCGAGCUCUCCCAUGCCUCGCUACGAUGCAGCAGCAGCAGCACAUGCAUCUGGUGGGCAAACUGGCGCUGGAUCCUCUCUGUCCUACACUCCUGCACAGCCACCACCCACCUCUCCUACCCCGAAAACACCAGCUGCCGCAACAACAUCCUCUGCGGACAUGGCUGCAACGUUGAAAAUUCAGCAGCGAUUGCAGGCAAUUUCGGAUAAAACACCGCGAGGAUCAUCUGGCCUGCCAUCUGUAACUCAAGAGGUGAUUGCACAACUGGCAUCAUGCCUGGCUGAUGAGACUGUGUUCGAGAUUUUCCGUGAAAUCGAAGAAAUCCAACUGAUCACGGAGCGCAACCUCUUGAAUGAGCGCAUGCGUGUACUAAACCAGCACAAAACUCGACGUAUUGAUCUGGCCAAAGAGCACAAGGCGGCUCUGCAAAAGUACGAGACCAUGGCACACCGCCUUCCUCAGAUCAAGUCGAAUUUUCAGCAGAAGAAAACUGCAUUGGAGAAGACUCUGGAAGAAGAGCUACGCCAACUGGACCAGAAGAUAAUACUACAACUCGACCAGCAGGUCCUGGAGCAGCAGUCUACUCUACAGCAAGUCGGUGUGCCAUGCUUCUACAUAACCAACAACAAGGAAGAGCUACGCUUGCAAAUGGCCAUCAUGCGUUUGAUUCGCAGUGUACGGGACAAGCCCCCUCCGGCUGCGUCCAGGUGAUGCAUGUCGCAACUACGGCUUGCUUGUCUCAUCCCUGUAAGUUCCCCUGUAACCAAGUCAUAGUGCCAGUACAAUGCUACAGCUGGUGACCAUAGAGCGUAGCAUGCCUUGCUAUGACCUUAUAAACACGCUGCUGGUACGACACGUGUGCCUAGGGCCAGUGCUGUGCGUCUACAUCUACACUGGUCCUGUAGAAGGACCGUGUGCAAACUUUGCCAUGUCUGAAAUUGCACUGCUAGUGCUUGUCGUGAACCAGGGCGAUAUAAAAUUCCACGACAGCCUAUAAUAAUAUAGCCCACCAGCUGUUUACUCUAUCGCAGACCCACCAGGAUUGACUGUGUUGGUGAUUGCCUUUGGUCUGAUGUUGAGGUGUAAAGUUGAAAAUCACACGGUAACUAAUUUCUUGGACAUCAUCAGUACACCCAAGUAGUACACCAUGAGCUGUACCUAACACACCAUAAGCUACAGAACCUAACCACCAUAACGCAUAAGCUGUACUUAACCACCAUAAGCUGUACCUAACAGCAUGGCCCUGACCUGCUGGUACAGGUAAGGCAUGGUUUUACUCGUAUUUCUCUCUCUCUUGUUGAACAUAAGACUUAGUAUGUUUUGUUUUGGGUUGGUUUUUAUUUUUAUUUAGGAAACUGGAAUAGAAAACGGUGAAAUAGCAACCCAGGCGUAUAUAUUUCCCACCUGAA